CCCUGCAUUGCUCGCACGGACGACGCGCCCGCACGGCUCGGGACCGCGAGGCCUGGGUGUCGGGCUAGCCAGAGCAGCGGAACUGACGCAAGCGGACUUCCGGGGCCGGCCCCGGGGAGGUCGGCGGCGGCGCCGCAGUCGUGGAGAGGCAGUGGGAGCGUGAGCGGCCACGGGCGACGCAAGUAUCUCGCCGAGCUCACCUCCCGUCUCGCGCUUCUCUCCUAGUCGCGUGCUGCCUCCCGCCGGCGGCUCCUCCCGAGGAGAGUUUUCGCCGCGGUUACUGAGAAGAGACUGUGGCCACCCGCCCCGUGGCCAAGUGAGACUGCCUGUCGCACCGCGUCGCCCCCUGCGCCGCCGCCUUGCCCCCAGUGGCGGGCGCCCUUCUCGCUCGAAGCACUCCCCCCAGCUCCAUGAAUGGAAAUCGGCUCCGCAGGACCCGUUGGGGCCCAGCCCCUACUCAUGGUGCCCAGAAGACCUGGCUAUGGCACCAUGGGCAAACCCAUUAAAUUGCUGGCUAACUGUUUUCAAGUUGAAAUCCCAAAGAUUGAUGUCUACCUCUAUGAGGUAGAUAUUAAACCAGACAAGUGUCCUAGGAGAGUGAACAGGGAGGUGGUUGACUCAAUGGUUCAGCAUUUUAAAGUAACUAUAUUUGGGGACCGUAGGCCAGUUUAUGAUGGAAAAAGAAGCCUUUACACAGCCAAUCCACUUCCUGUGGCAACUACUGGGGUAGAUUUAGAUGUUACUCUCCCUGGGGAAGGUGGAAAAGAUCGACCUUUCAAGGUGUCAAUCAAGUUUGUCUCUCGGGUGAGUUGGCACCUACUACAUGAAGUACUGACAGGACGGACCUUGCCUGAGCCACUGGAAUUAGACAAGCCAAUCAGCACUAAUCCUGUCCAUGCCGUUGAUGUGGUGCUACGACAUCUGCCCUCCAUGAAAUAUACACCUGUGGGGCGUUCAUUUUUCUCGGCUCCAGAAGGAUAUGACCACCCUCUGGGAGGGGGCAGGGAGGUAUGGUUUGGAUUCCAUCAAUCUGUUCGUCCUGCCAUGUGGAAAAUGAUGCUUAAUAUUGAUGUUUCUGCCACUGCCUUCUACAAAGCACAACCUGUAAUUCAGUUCAUGUGUGAAGUUCUUGACAUUCAUAAUAUUGACGAGCAACCAAGACCUCUGACUGAUUCUCAUCGGGUAAAAUUCACCAAAGAGAUAAAAGGUCUGAAGGUUGAAGUGACUCAUUGUGGAACAAUGAGACGGAAAUACCGUGUUUGUAAUGUAACAAGAAGGCCUGCCAGUCAUCAAACCUUUCCUUUGCAGUUAGAAAAUGGCCAAACUGUGGAGAGAACAGUAGCACAGUAUUUCAGAGAAAAGUAUACUCUUCAGCUGAAGUACCCACACCUUCCCUGUCUGCAAGUGGGGCAAGAGCAAAAACAUACAUAUCUGCCACUAGAAGUCUGUAAUAUUGUGGCAGGGCAACGAUGUAUCAAGAAGCUAACGGACAAUCAGACUUCCACUAUGAUCAAAGCAACAGCAAGAUCUGCACCAGAUAGACAAGAUGAAAUUAGUAGAUUGGUAAGAAGUGCAAAUUAUGAAACAGAUCCAUUUGUUCAGGAGUUUCAAUUUAAAGUUCGGGAUGAAAUGGCCCAUGUAACUGGACGCGUACUUCCAGCACCUAUGCUCCAGUAUGGAGGACGGGUAAACCUCUUGAAUCGAACAGUAGCAACACCAAGCCAUGGAGUAUGGGACAUGCGAGGGAAACAGUUCCACACAGGAGUUGAAAUCAAAAUGUGGGCUAUAGCUUGUUUUGCCACACAGAGGCAGUGCAGAGAAGAAAUACUGAAGGGUUUUACGGACCAGUUGCGUAAGAUUUCUAAAGAUGCAGGAAUGCCCAUCCAGGGCCAGCCUUGCUUUUGCAAAUACGCACAGGGGGCAGACAGCGUGGAGCCCAUGUUCCGGCAUCUCAAGAACACGUACUCUGGACUACAGCUCAUUAUUGUCAUCUUGCCAGGGAAGACGCCAGUAUAUGCGGAAGUGAAACGUGUAGGAGAUACACUUUUGGGUAUGGCUACACAGUGUGUUCAAGUCAAGAAUGUAAUAAAAACAUCCCCUCAAACUCUCUCAAAUCUGUGCCUAAAGAUAAAUGUUAAACUCGGAGGGAUCAAUAAUAUUCUUGUACCUCAUCAAAGACCUUCUGUGUUCCAGCAACCAGUGAUCUUUUUGGGAGCAGAUGUCACUCAUCCACCAGCUGGUGAUGGAAAGAAGCCUUCUAUUGCUGCUGUUGUAGGUAGUAUGGAUGCCCACCCAAGCAGAUACUGUGCUACAGUACGAGUUCAGAGACCCCGACAGGAGAUCAUCCAGGACUUGGCCUCCAUGGUCCGAGAACUUCUCAUUCAAUUUUAUAAGUCAACUCGGUUCAAACCUACUCGUAUCAUCUUUUAUCGGGAUGGUGUUUCAGAGGGACAAUUUAGGCAGGUAUUAUAUUAUGAACUACUAGCAAUUCGAGAAGCCUGCAUCAGUUUGGAGAAGGACUAUCAACCUGGAAUAACCUACAUUGUAGUUCAGAAGAGACAUCACACUCGAUUAUUUUGUGCUGAUCGGACAGAAAGGGUUGGAAGAAGUGGCAAUAUCCCAGCUGGAACAACAGUUGAUACAGACAUUACACACCCAUAUGAGUUUGAUUUUUACCUCUGUAGUCAUGCUGGAAUACAGGGUACCAGCCGUCCUUCACACUACCAUGUUUUAUGGGAUGAUAACUGCUUUACUGCAGAUGAACUUCAGCUGCUAACUUACCAGCUCUGCCACACUUAUGUGCGCUGUACACGAUCUGUUUCUAUACCUGCACCUGCGUAUUAUGCUCACCUGGUGGCAUUCAGAGCCAGAUAUCAUCUCGUAGACAAAGAACAUGACAGUGCUGAAGGAAGUCACGUUUCAGGACAGAGCAAUGGGCGAGAUCCACAAGCUCUUGCCAAGGCUGUACAGAUUCACCAAGAUACCUUACGCACAAUGUACUUUGCUUAAAAAGUUCAAGAAUAUUCUCUGAGAUGAACAAUUGAAAGAUGAAUUGACAUACACCAUAUGUUUCCAGUGGAGUCCAUUGAGUGGGGAUGCCUCCAGCCAUACAGAAACCAACACUGUGGGGACCAGGGUCUGAUUUUUAUGAUGAUACAAGGAAGAUUGUUUCCUUUAUCAAGGGACACAGCACCAUUAUGCAAUAUGAAACCAGCCAACUGCUUUUUUGUGCGGUCUCCUGUAGGAAGUAUCGCCAUUGUUUUGUUUUCACUUUCUUGUAGUGUAACCCUUUUAAUGCCUUUACCUCAAGUUGCUUGGCAGCACAACUAUCUUUGCAAAAAAAAAAAAAGAAAAAGGAAAAGAAAGAAAGAAAAAGGUGAAUAAUGGUUUUAAAAAAACACACCUACAUGAAUAAUCAGUGAUUGCUCACAAUUAUGUGUGCAACAAAAUUAAUGUGCAUUCGUGUAUUCUUGUAAAGUAUCUGUGUAUACUUUAAGUGUAUACAUGUAUACUUCAUAUGCAUAUAUAUCUGGAUCUGCAUUGAUAAUAGAUAUAUAUGUUCUUUGUAUAUAUUUUAUAGUUCAUUCCACUGGGAAAUUUCUUUCCCUUUUAUUAUCCUCUCACCACCACUUUUAUUUCUUGCUCCACCUCACUUGCCUCAUCACCUACAUUUUUUUUCCUUAAUGCUACCAGUGAUACUCAAAUGUUCAUGUAUCUGGUUCAUUUGAAUAUGAAGCAUGGCAAACUAGACUUUUGUUUUUAUUUUGCACACCUACUCCUGUCUCUUGAUUCAUACACAAUUAUGAGUCCUCAACUCUUGAUAUUGCUUUCUUAAGAAGCAAAAUUAUUGUGUGUGUGUUUUUAUGAGAGUCUGUGUCUGUCCCCUCUUGCUCUGAACUUAUAUUUGCCAUUUGUGCAAUGUAUACAUAAGCAGUAGCAACCUAAACUGUUCUUUCUUCUCUAGUGAGUUUGUUAAAGCUGCUAUAAAUAUAAAACCCUGUCAGAAGUUAUAACUCUUUCUAUGAGUGAUACGUAUUCUCCUUCUGUUUCUAUGGGUUAUACAUGGAAAUUUUUGAAGCUUUUACGAAGAGUAAAUAUUUUAAAUGAUUGGAACUCUGUAGGGUGAGGCCUCUGAAAUUGGAUGAAGAAAAAGAAGGGGUUGAGGUUUUUAAAAAUUUUUUUUUUUUUUUGCUAUUUUACUUGCUGCCUCUCAUACAUUAAUGUGAUUUCCAUAUAUAUAUUUUUAUAUAUAUAUGUGUGUGUGUGUGUAUAUAUAUAAACAUAUAUGUAUGUAUUUUGAAGCAUAGCUUCCUUUUCUUUUAUAUUUAUUAGAAUAGUGCUUUAACAAUUAUAGAACUGUAUUGGCAACAUCUUUUAUAGAAAUAUAAUCAUGUUUAUUUUAAGAACUAACAAUUUGUUUUUGCUAUCUUUUAGUGCAAUAAGCAGUUUUAAAGGAAAGCUAUUUGACAUCUUUACCACAGAUAGUGGGAGAAGCAGGCACAUACAUGAUUUUAAAAGAGCAAAGUAAUACAGCCUUAAUUUCAGAAGGAAAGUUUUAUAAUUUUCAAGUCUAAAGCAUGUCUUUAAAAAUCAUAAUGAAAAUGAAGGAAAUUAAUAUCCUAAAUGAAUCUGACCUUAAAUAUUAAAAAUAAAAUUGAACUUUAAUUUAAGAAAUGAUCAUGAAUAGAUUAGGAUUUAGAAGGUAUUUAAAUUCUUUGGAGAUAAAUCAUGUUUAUUGAAGAAUCAUACUGCUUAGGUGCCCAUUUUCAUUUAUUAAAAUGAAUCAGGAAGAUGUGAUACUUUUUUUUAAAUUUUGCUAUUUUAUCACAUGUAACUUUCCUUUUAAAAUUAGGGUUAUGGUAACAAAGGAAGUUAGGGCUUGGAUUAUUUUAAAUGAGUUAAAUCACUGAAAUGUGGGGGAAAGUUUUGCAAAACUUUUGUUUUAUUGAUUUCACUUUAAGAUAUUAAAAAGUACCAUUAAGCUGUACCAAGUUCACCAGUAACAUUGGUUUCAGGGGAGCUUUGCACUUUGUAACACAUGAAAUCUGCAUUUUAAUUUUUUUUUGCACUGGUUUAGAGUAUAAAUAUUACAGAUUGUUUUCAAUGGGCAUUGUUGUUAACCUUUCAAAAUUCCAUCUGUUUAUGAAAACGAAUGGAUUAGCUCUAUAGUUUCUCCCUUACCUGUAAUCUACUCUUAAUUGCCAACUUACUGUAUUUUGAGCCUAAAAUCUGAGCCCAUGUCCUCCAGUAGCUAUGGAAUCUUUUGUCCUUCUACCAGAAAACUAAGAAAGUACUGUAUUUUGUAUGUUUAUUAUAUUGAUGUGUCUGAAAUGCAAUUUA